GGGCAAAACCUAACAAACCAAAAAAAAAAAAAACCGGCCAAUCCGCGUCGGGGAUUUCGCGUUCGUUCUUCGACGGAGCCCCGCGGGCGCCCUCGCCGGAGAUUCGCGCUUCCUCCCCAUGGUCUGCAUUCGCGGCGGAUUUCCUGGAUUCUAGGGCAAAAUUCGGUGCCGUCGCUCUGAAGGCGGAGGAGGUCCCUCAGAUUGGAAACCCUAGGGAGAGGAAGGUCGCGCGGGGGAGCGCCCACCUGAGCCUCCGGUCGUCGUGCCCUAGCUCCCAAUUUGGCGAUUCCGCACCCAAUUCAGAUUUCUGCAUCGGUUAGAAGGGAAAGGCUGUUGGAGGUAGCUACCAAUGCAUGGAUGUAGCUCAGUACUUGUUUUAUAGUAAAUGCUGAGUUUGAUUCCAUGGGAGGGAUUGUUGACGGCGGAGUUGGCAUUGGUAUUAAAACCUCUCCACGUCGGGCAGCAAUUGAAAAGGCUCAAGCAGAGCUUAGACAAGAGUAUGAUGUCCGUGAGAAAAGAAGAAGAGAAUUGGAGUUUCUUGAGAAAGGUGGCAACCCAUUGGACUUUAAAUUUGGAAAUGCGGCUUCUGUAAGUGGACAAUCUGCGUCACCUAUCGAUCGACAUCCUGAACAGUUUGUCUCAUGUGAAGCUAAAGGUAGUUUUGCCUUGACUGCCUCGCCUCAUGGAGAUUCUAUUGAGAGUAGUGGUCGACCAGGCGCUCCUCCAGUUUGUGAACCCAACAGCGCUGAUAAUCUUUUACUUUUCGACAGUGAGAAUGAACUGCCUGAAGGCAGUAAGAAGUCUAUUCGUGCUGAUAGAAAGAACUUUAUUAUGCCUUCGGUGCAAUCAUCACAAAUGGAUGGUAGUCGGAGUGCCAAAGAUUCAGAAGAGUCGGCAAUUUUUCGUCCAUAUGCUCGGAGGAACAGGUCUCGACUGAACCGUGAUGGUGCUAGGUUGAAUACAGCUGAGGCACUUCACAGCCGUGGAAGUCAUGGAUCCUCUAUACCUGCCCGUGCGGGUAUUAAGGAUUCAAGGGGUUCAACGUUGGCAUCAAUCAACCUAAAAGAACAAAAUGUGCGGAUCGGAGCAAAAGGGGAAUGUGCGAGUACAAAUGGCGAUUUGGUGUCAAAUGUUACUCCUGAUAAUCGUUUGAAUGUAGAGGUAGAUGAUAGUCAAGCUUUAGGAUCUAGCGGGAGCCUCAAGCAAAUUGGUUCUGUUGAGGGUAAAUUGGAUAUUGAAACAAAAAUCUCCAGAGAUGAGCAGCAUAACCAAUCUUUACAAGCUGAUGGCCAAGAAACUCCAGGGGAUGUGGGUUGUGGCGGGGAAAAUCUUAUCAGAGAAGGCGAAAAUAUCAGUUCAGACAGUCUUGAUCGUCGCCCUUCUAUAGCUACUGAAAGGGACAAGGAUAAAAUCAGUCAGCUGAACAAUUCUGCUGAACUAAAAGGGAAUGAUAAACCUAUUAGUAAUGAAGUUCAGAAAAGCAGCACAGCAUUUAGUACAAAAUGUUUAGAAUCAGAGUCAUCCUCUGCUCCUCUUAUGGCAGAGGUAAAAACCGAUGUGAUGAGUAUUGAUUCAGGUGGUAAAGUGGGAGCCGGGAAUUCAGAACACGAAAGUACUCAAAAGUUAACCGUUGCUGAGAUGGUAGCUGAACAAAUGGAUGAAAAGACCUCGAAAGGCAAUGCUGUCCUUAAAGACGAGCAGAAUUCGUCUCAUCAGAACCACGUAGAUGAUGCUUUGAUAGAUGGAGUUGAAGAGAAUCAUAACAGUAGAUGUGACCUGCAAAAAAAGGAGAGCCACUCUUCCUCUAUUGACAAUGUGGAUCUGGCUGAAGUAGACCCCGAAAGAGAAGGAACCAAAUUUACAGUCAGUGAUCCCAAUGCAAGUCAAGAAAAGUGCAGUGCAAGGGGAUCUCAGGAGUCAGUUGAUCUGUCACCUUCGGAGAUUCAGAAGAGCAGUCAAUUGGAAAUGGGUGUUGCUGCCCCCACUCAGCUUCAAGUUCCUUGCAACCGCCUACGACUGGAAGACAAGGCAUAUGAAGAUUCUAUCUUGGAAGAGGCUCGAGUUAUCGAAGCUAAACGUAAGAGAAUAGCUGAGCUAUCUGUGGGUACUGUUGCACCAGAGAGACGUCAAAAAUCUCACUGGGAUUUUGUCCUUGAGGAGAUGGCAUGGUUGGCAAAUGAUUUUGCGCAGGAGCGUCUCUGGAAGAUGACUGCUGCCGCUCAAUUGUGUCGACAUGCCGCGUCUUCAUCACAUCUAAGAUUUGAUAGACAGAGUCAGCAGAUGAAGCUAAGAAAAGUAGCAUACACAUUGGCAGAGGCUGUGAUGCACUUCUGGCACUCUGCGGAGGAACUCUUAAACAAUGAGGGUGAGUGUUUAAGUCUUGAUCUGGGAGGCAUCCAGCAGGAAUUGGAUUGUUCAAGACAGAAUGGCGGCAAUGAAGUGUCCGAGGGGAAAACUGGAGAUUCUGUUGUUAAGUGUCAGGGAUCAAGCAAUGAGUUGCCAUCGGGAAGUGCCAGAAAACGAAAAAUUACUGUACAAGGAUAUGCUGUGCGAUUUUUGCAACAAAACAAUUCUCAUGCUCCUCUCCUAGCCGAGGCACCAAAGACUCCUGAUAAAAUAUGUGAAAUGGACUCUUUGGAUUUGUCCUGGGAGAAUAAUCUUACAGAAGAAAGCCUGUUCUAUGCAAUUCCCUCCUGUGCAAUGGAGAAUUACAGAAAUUCAAUUGAAUCUUAUGUGACACGGCUGGAGAGAAAUGGAAGUAAUAUUCAAGAAGUUGAGAAAUCAACCUUUGAUGUUGCAGAGUACGGAUAUCAAGAGAAUUUGUACAAUGAAGAUGAAGGAGAAACAAGCACGUACUACUUGCCUGGGGCCUUUGAAGGUAGCAAGUCAUUGAAAUUUGCCCAGAAGAAAAGGAAAAACCCUACAAGAUCAUAUGAAGUAGAUGCUGAAUUGCCCUAUGGGCGCUACUCAAUUGGCAGUCAACAGCCUCCCAUGAUUGGAAAGCGGACUUCCAAUCUGGUGGGUCCCAUACCGACGAAGCGUUUCCGUAGUGCAUCUCGGCCCAGGGUUUUAAUGCCUUCCAAUGCUGGAGGUAGUAUGGGCAUUCAUCCUCCCAUGAAAACUGAUGCUUCAAGUGGAGAUACUAGUUCAUUUCAAGAUGACGUCACUACAUUGCAAGGUGCGUCAAGAAUGCCAAAAAGUAUGGAAGUUGACUCAGUCGCUGACUUUGAAAAGCAGCUAUCCUAUGACUUGGGUGAAACAUCUAUGAAGACCAAGAAGAAGAAGAAGGCAAAAAAUAUGAGCUCCCCAUUCGAGCAGGGUUGGCAGUUGGAUUCAGCCAUGCUUAGCGAACAGAGUAAUCAGUCGAAAAAGAGACUGGAGAAUCACCAGUUUGACUCGAAUGGUACCAGUGGUUUAUAUGGGCAACAUAAUGCCAAGAAACAAAAGAUGAAACACUCGCUGGAGAACACUUUCGACAACAUCAUGCCUAUGACUGGGUCAAUUCCGUCUUCCAUGGCUUCACAGAGUAUUUCCAACCAAAAUAAGUUCAUGAAAUAUAUUAGUGGCCGUGAUAGGAGCAAGAAAGCAAAACUGUUGAAGACACCUUCUAUGCAGCCUGGUUCUGGAAGUCCUUGGUCUUUGUUUGAAGAUCAGGCUCUUGUCGUCCUUGUGCAUGAUAUGGGUCCGAAUUGGGAGCUUGUAAGUGAUGCAAUCAACAGCAUUCUGCAAUUCAAGUGCAUCUUCCGAAAGCCAAGAGAAUGCAAGGAGCGUCACAAGCUAUUAAUGGAUAAGACUGCUGGUGAUGGAGCUGAUAGUGCUGAAGAUUCAGGAUCAUCUCAAUCUUAUCCAUCUACUUUACCUGGAAUUCCAAAGGGAAGUGCCAGGCAGCUGUUUCAGCGAUUGCAAGGCCCUGUGGAAGAGGAUACCAUUAGAGAACAUUUUGAUAAAAUAAUUCAAAUUGGGCAAAAGCAUCGUCAGCGGAGGAUACAGAAUGAGAAUCAGGACCCAAAGCAACUAACAGGUCACACUUCACAUUUUGUUGCUCUUUCCCAAGUUUGCCCAAAUAACCUAAAUGGAGUUCUUCUCACGCCCCUUGAUCUCUGUGAGGAAACUUCAUCAAAUACCGACUUUCUUCCUGUUGGUUAUCAAGUUCCUCAUGGGGGUAACUUGGCAAUGUCAAAUCAGGGUGCUGUGGCAUCAAUGCUUCCAGUAUCUGGGGUAUAUCCACCAGUUCAAGUAUCUGGUGGUAUGGGCAUGGGAACUAACUUAUUAUCACCUUCUGGUCCACUCAAUGCUUCUCUCAGAGAUGGCAGAUACAAUGUUCAAAGGCCUUCACCUUUACCGGCUGAUGAGCAGCACAGGAUGCAACAACAUAAUCAAACCCAAUCAAGCAGAAAUAUUCAGCAGUCAAACUUGUCUAUUCCGGGGAAUAUUUCUGGUAAUAAUCGAGCUCGGAUGUUGUCCAAUGGGAAUGGCAUGGGUAUGUCAUCUGCAAUGAAUAGAAACAUUCCAAUGUCAAGACCUGGGUUUCAAGGAUUGGCUGCAUCAUCAGCACUAAAUCCUAACAAUAUGCUUUCCUCGGGAAUGGUGGGUGUGCCAAGCCCUGUAAAUAUGCACUCGGGAUCUAGUUCUGCUCAAGGAACCUCCAUGUUGAGACCUCGUGAGGGGAUGCAUAUGGUGAGGCCUGGCCAUAAUCUGGAGCAGCAAAGACAAAUGAUGUUGCCAGAACUUCAGAUGCAGGCUGCACAAGGGAACAGCCAAGGUAUUCCCCCAAUCAAUGGACUGGGUGGUUCUGCCUUUUCCAAUCAGAUGACACCACCACCUGCUCAGUCAUAUCCAGGCCAUACCCAACAGCAACAUCAAAUGGCCCCGCAACAGUCUCAUGCACCGAACCACCCUCAAAAUCAUGUUGCUGGCUCACAGCAGCAAGCUUAUGCAAUCCGAUUUGCAAAAGAAAGGCAGCAGCGGUAUAUGCAGCAACAUCAGCAGCAGCUUGCUGCCUCUGGUUCUUUGAUGCCACAUAUGCAAUCUCAAUCUCAAGUUCCCAUGUCCCCAUCCUUGCAAAACAGUCCCCAGAUUCAGCCACGACCGUCGUCUCAAUCAGUGCCAAUAUCCCCUCUAACACCAGCUUCCUCUAUGAAUCCCAUGCCCCCCCAGAAUCCACAGAAACAUCAGAUGCCACCUCAUGGUCCCAGUCGAAAUCCUCAAACAAAUGUUGGUGGGAUGAGUAAUCAGAUGGGGAAGCAACGCCAACGUCAAUUGCAGCAGCAACAAUUCCAACAAUCUGGAAGGAGCCACCCUCAGCAACGGCAACCGUCCCAGGCCCAGCAGCAGGCAAAAAUUGUGAAGGGAAUUGGAAGAGGGAACAUGGUGCAACAGAGCAUGCCUGCUGAACCAUCUCAACUAAAUGGUCUGUCCGCAGCCCCAGGAAGUUUGGGUGGUGAAAAAGAGUUUGGGCGAGGUCAGGGCUUGUACUCUGAGACAUGCGUAAACCCUGUUCAAUCAUCAAAACCUCUGGUUUCUCAGUCUUUAAACCAUUAUCACCUGCAACAGCAUUUGUCUCCUGAUCCAGCACUCCCUUUGUCAAAGCAACAACAGGUGCCUUGUCAUUCUGACCAUGCCACUCCAGUCCAGAUUCCACCACCCGUUCCUCCCGGACAAAGUGCCACAGAUUCAGUUCAAAGUGCUCCAUCCACAUUGAUGGCUUCCAACCAUCUGGAGGUACAGCUGCAGCAACAGCCACGGCAAAAGCAGGCUAAUCAAUCGUCACCAAUGCCACAGAGGAUGAUUCAGCAGAAUCGUCCAAAUUCUCAAAUUGACCGAGUUAAAGGAGACCAGAAGCCAGUCAAUAGUACUUUACAAGUAGGAACAACUGCAGUAACAUCUCAGGCAUCUAAUGAUUCUGCUAAUAGAGCAACCUUUACGAGUUCUGCCCUUCCUUCUCAGUGGAAAGCAUCAGAACCAGGAUAUGAUACUGGUAUCUUGCAUGCAUCCAGUCCAAAAGGCAGCAUAGUGAACUCCACUCUUCCAAAUCCUGUCAGGAAUGAGCCUUUGACUAGCCAAGGAGUAGGCCAAAGGCAAUUAUCAGAUAGCUUGACUCCUAAAGGGGACACUGUUGGAGGCAUUGUGUCGGAGUGGCAACAGCAGCAAACACACUUAAAACAGUCUUCUGUGCCGUCUCCUCUACCGCAACUGCAUUACCAGACAGAGGAACAGCCUUCACAGCUAGAACAGCGAUCACCCGAAGAACAUCCUCUUCGUCCACAAUCUCAGCAGCAAACAUAACAUUUGCCCUUGGGCCAAGGCAAUCAUGGUACAUCAGACAGAUGAAUCCGAUGGAGUGAAUGAAGCAACUGGCUGAUGUAGCUGUUCUGACAGCAGUGGGUCCUGGUAGUCUCGGAUCAGCAUGGCCUCAUGACAGUGGUGUACAGAUUAUGCUUGGUUUUCCCAAUGGGGACUUCGAGGUAGACAGAAUGGCGACGGCAGUUUGCUAAUUCUUCAAGUGAAGGGAUGUAAGCCAGGCAUCAUUACUUUUCUAACCUGAAUUCAUGUAUAGUACCAGUAGCCUAGGGAUUCGGAGGAGAGAGACAGAUAUAGAGAUUUUGUACAGGUUCUCCUCCCCUUUGUACGUUUUUCCUACCCUUUUAGGCUUUUUCUAGGUGCUCUCUCUCCUCUUAAUUGGGGGGGGGGCCUUCUCGUUUCUGGCCCAUUAGAUUAGUGCCUGCGACAUUACCCUCAUAAAAUUCAGUGGGUAUCAAUUAUUUUCACAGGCAAAAGCCUCUGCAAUUUUGUGAAUACGGGUUUCGGCUGUAUAGACUGACUGGUCCAUUAUGUUAUUACAAUUAUCCCUCUUGGCUUUUUGCCGUGUA